CCAUUAUCAGUAUUAUUUAUAGUCAAUAAACCAAACAUAAUGAGAAACCAUACGGAAAUAACAGGAUUUAUCCUUCUGGGACUGUCAGAUGACCCCAAGCUCCAGGCGGUGAUCUUUGUCUUUCUCUUCACCACCUACAUGCUCAGCAUCACUGGGAACCUGACCAUCAUCAUCCUGACCCUGAUGGAUUCCCACCUCCAGACACCCAUGUAUUUCUUCCUCAGGAAUUUCUCCAUACUAGAAGCUUCCUUCACAACUGUCAGUAUUCCCAGGUUCCUGAGCACCAUGAUCUCAGGAGAUAAAACCAUUUCCUUCAACAAGUGCAUAACUCAGUUAUUUUUUCUUAUUCUCUUUGGAGUCACUGAAUUUUACCUUCUGGCUGCCAUGUCCUAUGACCGUUACGUGGCCAUCUGCAAGCCCCUGCAUUACCUCACCAUCAUGAGUCGGAAAGUCUGCACGGUGCUGGUCUUUUCAAGUUGGCUGGUUUCUUUCUUAAUGGUCUUCCCUGCCCUCAUGUUGCUUCUGCAGUUUGAUUAUUGUGGGUCCAAUAUCAUUGACCAUUAUAUCUGUGAUUAUAUGCCCCUAAUACAACUUUCCUGUUCAGAUGCAAAAUUCUUGGAGAUGAUGGCAUUUUCCUAUGCUGUGUUUACUCUGAUGUUCACGCUGACAUUAAUAUUUCUGUCCUACAUCUAUAUCAUCAGAACAGUUUUGAGGAUUCCCUCUGCCAGUCAGAGAACAAAAGCCUUUUCCACUUGCUCUUCCCACAUGAUUGUCAUCUCCAUCUCUUAUGGCAGCUGCAUUUUUAUGUACAUUAAACCCUCAGCAGAGGAGAGAGCGUCUUUGAGCAAGGGAGUUGCUGUGCUAAAUACCUCAGUAGCUCCCAUGCUGAACCCCUUCAUUUACAGCCUCAGGAAUCAGCAAGUCAAGCAAGCCUUUAUGAACAUGGCAAAGAAGAUGGUAUGCUUCACAAAAACAUGA